ACAUCAGUCAAUCCAAACCUUAACCUCAUUGCCUUAUAUUCUUAUAACCAUUUCAUUCUCAAGCAAGUAGAACCAAAAAUCAUCUCAUUUCAUAACACAAACAAAGAGAAAACAAAAAGAAAAUUAAACAAGGGAAAUUAAUGGAGAAUUCAUCCGUUGUUUCAGAGUUUGAAGGGACUCUUUUGAAAAACCCCGACCCCUUUUCGUACUUCAUGUUAGUAGCAUUCGAGGCAUCCGGUUUGAUUCGUUUCGCAUUGUUGUUGAUCUUGUGGCCGGUGAUUCGGUUGCUAGACGUGUGUGGGAUGGGCGAUGCGGGGCUGAAGCUAAUAAUCUUUGUUUCCACUUGCGGCGUUCAUGAGUUGGAGAUUGAGUCAGUGGCGAGAGCCGUUUUGCCUAAGUUUUAUAUGGAUGAUAUUGAUAUUGAGGCGUGGAAAGUUUUUAGUUCGUUUGAUAAAAGAGUUGCGGUGACAAAAACGCCGCGGGUUAUGGUGGAGAGGUUUUUGAAAGAGCAUUUACGAGCUGAUGAAGUAAUCGGUAGUGAACUUUGGGUUAACCGAUUUGGGUUUGCCACAGGUUUUACUAGAGGAGAUUUUGAUUCUAUCUCUAAUCGAGUUGCUAAAUUGUUCAUUGAUGAAAACCCUACCUUAGGGCUAGGAAGAAAUACUUCAAGUUCUACAAUUUUAUCAAUAUGCCAGGAACAUAGGCAGCCACCAUUCAUCACCAACUUAAGGCACCAUGACCACCAGGUGCUCCGCCCACUCCCAGUGAUCUUCCACGACGGUCGCCUCGUGAAGCGACCGACGCCGUCGACUGCUCUCCUAAUCAUCCUAUGGAUUCCACUAGGCAUAAUACUGGCGAUAAUCCGAAUAUUCGUUGGCCUAAUUUUGCCCAUGUGGGCUAUCCCUUACGUGUCACGUUUAUUCGGCGGCAAAAUAAUCGUCAAAGGCAAACCACCACAGCCGGUAGCCGGUAGCAGCAGCGGGGUCCUCUUUGUCUGUACCCACCGAACCCUAAUGGACCCCGUGGUCUUAUCCACUGUAUUAAGACGCCAAAUCCCAGCUGUCACUUACUCUAUUUCUAGACUAUCAGAAAUUCUAUCACCAAUCCCCACCGUUAGAUUAACCAGAAUCCGGCAUGUUGAUUCUGAAAAAAUAAAAAGAGAACUCGCCAAAGGUGAUCUCGUGGUUUGUCCAGAGGGAACAACUUGUAGAGAACCAUUUUUACUAAGAUUCAGCGCUCUUUUUGCCGAAUUAACAGACCGUAUAGUUCCUGUAGCCAUGAAUUAUCGGGUAGGGUUUUUUCAUGCAACAACAGCAAGAGGCUGGAAAGGUUUGGAUCCGAUUUUCUUCUUCAUGAACCCGAGACCCGUUUACGAAGUCACAUUCUUGAACCAGUUGCCGGUGGAGGCGACCUGCUCGUCCGGUAAAAGCCCACAUGACGUUGCGAAUUACGUGCAAAGAAUUCUGGCUGCUACAUUAGGGUUUGAGUGUACGAACUUCACUAGGAAGGACAAGUACAGGGUGCUGGCAGGGAAUGACGGAACGGUGUCGUAUCUUUCGUUUGUUGAUCAGGCGAAGAAGGUGGUGAGCACAGUUAAGCCGUUCUUUCACUAAGAAAAAAGUAUAAGAAAUAAAAUUGUUUUUUUUUUGUGUUGAUUUUGUGGAUUUGUUUUAAUUCUGUAUAAAGACGGGAUCGAUUUGUAUUGUAAUAUUCUUUCUUUUAUUUGUUUUUGAAUUAUUAUUUCUACAAUUGUUGAAUAAAAGUACGAGGAUA